AUGUUCAAUGAGCUCACUUUGAUUCAUGAAGAGUUARAAUCGCUGUCAAUAAAAAAGGACUCAAAAGUGUUUUUAAAGCUAGAAGCAGCUAUUYGUCAAAUGGGAAUUAGAUCGAUACGGAAAAGCAAUAYUUUGAAAGCGCAAACUGGUAAUGUCUCAGAGAAACGAGAUGUAUGCCCAGAGGUUUUUCUAGGAGAAGAUGCCGGAUAUCCAUAUUAUUCUARAGGUUGGGUUCUCACGAAAUGUUCCAAYGCCAAACCAAUCAAWUCAGUSAUAUCUAUUCUCAUUAAUGCAGUGGUCUACAACACGCAGGAUGUCGARCGACUUAGUUACGUAUUGGAUGGGAUAGCUGAAUCAUAUCCCACUGUURAUGUAUUGCUAGCCAUUCAAGAUAAACAGAGUAUCAARAAUAUUGAAAAKUACGGCAACUUGAAAGUGUUUAACCAUGGUUCCUCCUCCAAACCAGUAUUAGGCAAAAUCUGGAACAUGCUUAUUAAGAAAGCAACGACACCAUACGUUUUGAUUGCUCGURAUGUUGURCACUUUUCCUGGCUGUCUCAACUUGARAGGCUUAUUCGUGUUGUUAGUGAGAUACCAAAUGUUGGAGUAGCUGGGGGCUCUUACAGGAAUUUAUCCGGACACUGGAAAAUGGGCUGCUUCCAAAGUACUAUGAAGAACUAUGUGCUGAAAUACCAGGAAGGAUACUUCCAUUCCAGGAAUGAAUGCAUGUUGUGUGACUAUCUUCAAGGUCCUUUUGUGGCAAGAAAGUCUAUCUUGCAUUUUGAUGAGACUUUAAGCGRUGAAGUUGUGUUUGAAGACAUGUUUGUUUCUCUAACUAGAAAGGGUACAUUGAUAAUGGGCUGUCCUGAUGCCAUGUUCUUCACAAUGGGCGCAGUGAUUAGUUCAAAAGAAAAUGAAAAGAACGCUUGGACAGAAUUUGCUAAGAAAUGGACACUGAAUCGCAUUCAUCUAUCAAAUGGAAUAAGCCAUUCCCUCUCGUGUGAAGACAUAGAAUUUAAGUGCAACUUACAUUUGACUAGUUCAAUUUUGCUUCCAGUUUGUUGUCAAGAACAAUAUGAACAUGCCCUGAGGAUCUUCCAGCACUUUGCAAAUAAACACGACUUGCCAUUUGAACUCGACACAGGUUCGGUUUUAGGAACGGUCAAGUUUAAUGGUCUGAUGCCAUGGGACGUUGAUGGAGAUGUGAGACUUCUUGCCACAGAUAUUAGCAUAUUUAAUACAAAAGAAACAAUUGARCACUUCAAAAAGCAUGGACUUCGCCUAAUCGAGUACGAACCACCAAAAUUCAAAGAAAAGGUAAAGGCUGAUGGYACAGUCCGAAUAAAAAUGCCGGAUCUUCACAUUGAACUCUGGGGAAGACGACGACUGACUUGCCCRCAGUUUCUUCCAAAAGACCUACAAAAGAACUUCACAUUAGCUCUUGUUAGAGGAACUUGGGUCAAGACAGUGUUCAGCCCAGGCCUCUUUGUAAGAAAUCGAUAUGGCGUUGAAAAUCUGAAACAUUCCCAGUCGUGGAUAAUACGAAGAAUGAAGCACAGCUCAGUAAAAUAUGACUCAGGUACUUUCUUGUCGUGCAAAAACCCAAAGCACCAUUCCUGUGUGCACCAUUUUCCAGCAGAUGGAAACAUCCCAUUCUUUGUUCCUUGAUGGUCACAUAUACAUUCUGUCAUAAGGCAGUAUCUGAUUGAUUACAGGUAUUGUCAAAGUUUACAAUUUUCUGUUAAUUAAUUUGAAUUUACUUGAUUU